AUGCUGUGCCUCGCUGAUGUUGCCAAAGAAGGGAUCACUCGGAAGACAAGUCAGAAUCAUGUCAGCGGCAGCUGGUGGGGCGCCGCAAGCAGCCAGAUGCGCAGAUCCCCUGCUGCCCUUCAAGAUGUUGGGGCAGCAUCCGCAAUGCUGACCACCGUGAAGCGGAUGGCAGGAAACUUACAGAGAUUGAGCAAGGCUGCGGCUGACUCUAACGAAAGGCCCCCAGUGGAUCUCGUUGCAGCAAGCGCGCGGGCAAGAGCAGGCAAGCACCGUCAGGGGCUCUUGAAGCAGAUCAACCGGAAAAUGGACGGCGUCAGGACGAAGAUCAGGCGCUACAACCAGAACCACGCUGUUCGGAGGAGUGAUGUCAUUGACGAAAACACAGAGGGUUGGGACAAGAAAAAGGGCAACAAGAUACGAGGAAAAGGUAAAUACCGCGAAUGGACAUCAGCAGCGCUCCUUCGAGUGGCGUUCAUUCCUCAGCUUGGACGCUCCUCUGACCAAGUGAUCCGGAAGUCCCGGGGGAAAGCAAAGCUGGCAAAGCUGGCUUCGAAAUCUCCCUGCAUGUUUCGAGAACAACUGCGUUUGUUGCUCGACGCAACGAGGUGCUGUCAAGAUCAAUCAUCAACGCGCCUGCAGUCCUUUGGCGACAAACUGCUAAGCUUGUCCGGAGCGGCACCGCUAGUGCUGUUGCAAUUCGUUUGUGACGCUGCUCCCUCAAACGGCCUGAUGUUUCGACGGGUGGUCCGAACUGCUCCCAAGAAUGUGCUGUCCGCACUUCAAAAGUUCAAUUUUUCGUCCCUGCUAUCGCAAGGGUCAUUGUUUUAUGAGCUGAUUGUGAAGAUCCGAUGGCUACUGGAGAACCGGCUCGUCAUCAAGUAUGACCAGCGGACGCCCCAGCCCGAAAAAGCCAAUUUGGACUAUGCUCGCAGCAUUAUGGAGGAAGCCCAUCGUCGAAGCAAACGCCUGAGAAUGCCAGAGCAUCAACGAGUCAUGAGUCAAGCCCGCAUCCUUCUGACGACCUUGAAGAGGAAUACCAUGAGGACUGGACUAGCCCCACCCCAGUCCACCACUGCCGGCUGGGCUGCUGCGCGAACAGAAAGGAAAGCGGUCGGAGCGCUUUCGAAGUUGCAGGGUGCGGGCGACUCAGCUGACUCAGCCGAUCAGCAAAUGGUCCCUGUGCAUGCCUUGCUCUUUGACGAUCAUUUUGGUGAUGCUUACCAGAGGGUGCAGAGAGUCCGAGCAAAGAAAGUCUCUGCAUGGAUGGAAAAACCCAAUUCCUUGCCUGUGCUGAUUUCUGCUUCCUUGGUGCUGUCCCCGCUGGAACGCCUGAUGCCUGUUCUAUCAGGAGAGUCAAGGAAGGCUUACGAUUUGAAGUUGAUGGAAAUGGCCGUUCAGUAUUCUCCACAAGCCGUUGCCCGGGAUCGUCAACAACGUGAGGGUGCUACAGCACCCCCACUUCCACCACCUGAUUGUCCUCCCAGCGGUGGUGAGGGUGGUCAUGUGGACAAAUCCCUGAACGUGGCCACGGGGAACACGAAGGAAGCGCUGCACAUACAGAAGGCUUUGAAAUCCCUCGCAACCUCUCAGGUUUCCGAAUUGCCUGAACUGAUCUCCAAGCUCGACACUGACAAAUGUAACCAAUGUGUCAUGGUUUCAGAGGUGAAAAAUGUUACUUCUGAGUUCCUAGCACCAGUUGAGAAAGCACAGAAUGAAGUUCCCGAAAGUCCGAUCAUUGUUUACAAGGGCAUUUUGCGCCGGUUAGCUGGCAUGAAACCAAGUGAAAAGAUGAUUGCUAUACUAGCUGGUGAAAACAUGUCGGUUGUGAAUGUGGUCGUUUCACAUGGUGUGGAAGCUGCAGUCGGGUCUCCAGAAGUCUUGGAAUAUUGGAGCAAGCAAGGGCAUGAAGUCAUGGGGUUAGCCGUCUUUGAACAGAUUUCUGAUCCCAACCAGUUUGACGAUACCAUACGAAGUUUACCAGGAUCACAUAAACAACUUCUGCUCCUGUCCUCCUAUGGUGACAAUGUGACCGCAUGGCUUACUUCACGUGAUGACACAUCGUCUACGUUGGUUUGGUCCCCGGUGAGGGUGGGCAUGCAACAAAGCAACCGCAAACGGAACGAGAAGAUUCGUUUCGCCCAAGCUCACAAGAUUGGGGUCACAUUUGAUGAUGAGGUUCAACGCGCUGCACCAAUGUCAGGACCAAAAAGUCAAGUCGCGUGGACGUUCGAAAAGCUCUUCCCAGUAGAAGGUGGUGAGGCUUUGAACCCGCGUAGAGUGACAGUGGCCUUCUUCGAGGGACAUGAUACUCCAUCUAUCUUCGAAGACUCAUGGAUGACAUCUCCAAGCCCAGAGACGAGGACCAUAUGGAAAAGCCGGGGCAAGUGGACCGGGUUCACAUUCUUUAGUCGCAAGAUUGUGGAAGAACAUGGAACUCAAGCAGGUUCAGGGAGUGUAGUUGAUCAGCAUCCCGUUCCAGUGGAAGAGGAAACCAGUGAGGCAACCCGCCGUGGAUAUGCACACGGCGGUGUGACAGCAAGGGGCAAGGCAGCUUGUUGCUUGAAGCCGCCACAACAUGAUGAACAAGAUGUCUGUGGCUUCGAACUCGUCGAAGAUGGUUCCCAACAUCUGCUGCUCUGCCGUGCACCGCCCAGGGAGCUGUUGAGACGCUCCAAAGGACCGGCACAGGUCAUGGGAAGUGCUGGGGAAUGGGUGAAGUUUGAGGCAUUCCGGCUGAUGCAAUGUGGUGGGAUGAACAUCCAGCAGGAUGCAGUUUACGGAGUGAACAAGGACCCUGAUGUCUACCUGUUGUUUUCGUGGCCUCAGCAUGCCGAGCAAAUGAAAGCUAUAGAACAGCAGGCAGCACAGCAGCAAGAAGAUCCAGCUACAUCUGAAGCCACCAAUGCACCAGCCCAGACACCACAUGCCACUGAGCAGCCCUCCUCCGAAGAGAAGCCCAUGACAACAGAAGCAACGCAACCACCACCGGCAGAAGCAGAGCAGCCAGCAACCGAGCAAGGUGCAACACCAACACAGCCUGCAGAGGCACUGGACACAUCAGGGCAGCAGCAAGAUCCAGCAACUGAAGCCACCCAUGGAGAAGCCCAGACACCACAUGCCACCGAGCAGCCCUCAUCCAAAAAGAAGCCCAUGACAACAGAAGCAACGCAGCCACCACCGGCAGAAGCAGAGCAGCCAGCAACCGAGCAACGUGCAACACCAACACAGCCUGCAGAAGCGUUGGACACAGCAGGACAGCAGCAAGAUCCAGCAACACCUGAAGCCACACAUGCAGCAGCCCAGACACCACAUGCCACCAAGCAGCCAUCAUCCGAAGAGAAGCCCAUGACAACAGAAGCAGAGCAGCCACCACCGGCAGAAGCAGAGCAGCCAUCAACCGAGCAAGGUGCAACACCAACACAGCCUGCAGAGGCACUGGACACAGCGGGACAGCAGCAAGAUCCAGCAACACCUGAAGCCACCCAUGGAGAAGCCAAGACACCACAUGCCACCGAGCAGCCCUCAUCCAAAGAGAAGCCCAUGACAACAGAAGCAACGCAGCCACCACCGGCAGAAGCAGAGCAGCCAGCAACCGAGCAAGGUGCAACACCAACACAGCCUGCAGAGGCACUGGACACAGCGGGACAGCAGCAAGAUCCAGCAACACCUGAAGCCACACAUGCAGCAGCCCAGACACCACAUGCCACCAAGCAGCCAUCAUCCGAAGAGAACCCCAUGACAACAGAAGCAACGCAGCCACCACCGGCAGAAGCAGAGCAGCCAGCAACCGAGCAAGGUGCAACACCAACACAGCCUGCAGAGGCAUUGGACACAGCAGGACAGCAGCAAGAUCCAGCAACACCCGAAGCCACACAUGCAGCAGCCCAGACACCACAUGCCACCAAGCAGCCCUCAUCCGAAGAGAAGCCCACGACAACAGAAGCAACGCAGCCACCACCGGCAGAAGCAGAGCAGCCAUCAACCGAGCAAGGUGCAACACCAACACAGCCUGCAGAGGCACUGGACACAGCGGGACAGCAGCAAGAUCCAGCAACACCUGAAGCCACCCAUGGAGAAGCCAAGACACCACAUGCCACCGAGCAGCCCUCAUCCAAAGAGAAGCCCAUGACAACAGAAGCAACGCAGCCACCACCGGCAGAAGCAGAGCAGCCAGCAACCGAGCAACGUGCAACACCAACACAGCCUGCAGAAGCGUUGGACACAGCAGGACAGCAGCAAGAUCCAGCAACACCUGAAGCCACACAUGCAGCAGCCCAGACACCACAUGCCACCAAGCAGCCAUCAUCCGAAGAGAAGCCCAUGACAACAGAAGCAACGCAGCCAACACCGGCAGAAGCAGAGUGCAAGCACCCAGCAACCCAGCAAGGUGCAGCAGCACAGGAUUCAACACCAGCAUCCAGGAAACGAAAAACAACGGAAGCUGCAAAUGCGAAGGUUAAGGCAUCAGCAAAACAAAAGAAGGCUGAGAAAGGAACGCAGUUAGAAUCUGAUGCUGAAGAUGAGCCAGAAACAUUCGUUGUUCAUGCAGCAGCCCAGACACCACAUGCCACCAAGCAGCCAUCAUCUAAAGAGAAGCCCAUGACAACAGAAGCAACGCAGCCAACACCGGCAGAAGCAGAGUGCAAGCACCCAGCAACCCAGCAAGGUGCAGCAGCACAGGAUUCAACACCAGCAUCCAAGAAACGAAAAACAACGGAAGCUGCAAAUGCGAAGGUUAAGGCAUCAGCAAAACGAAAGAAGGCUGAGAAAGGUGUUGUGGAUGAGAAAAAGAUCCUCUACGAGUGGGGAUUCGAGGUAUCGGUGCAGGUCCAGCACAUCCUGUCAGUGGAGGUUGAUCCCAAAAAACGUGAUUUCAUUAUGGCUGCACAUGGUUGGAACUCAGACAUGCAUCUAUUCGGGGACGUGGAGGCAUUUGCUUCUCCAGAUGAAGAACACUAUUGCUACCUGACACCUUCAGGGAAGCGUUCCAAGUUCGAUCAAGCUCCUGCUGCAAAACAACAUAAGGAAGAAUCUGUCGACAUGACUCCUGAACAACUCGAAGUGAUGUGGAACCAUUUCCGUGUAUUGGACUCUGAACGCAUGCAGUUCCACAAGCCGCCAUCUACAUGGAAGCCUCCUGAUGUUAGAGACAUGAAUGAGGAUGAGUUAAACGCUUACUGGAGCGGGUUUCGUCAGAUCAUGCAGGCAGCAUCUGGCAAGAGUGGUGAGUCUGAGUCUAUGAUUGUUCCUGCCAACCCGUCCGAUGAGAAUGUUUCCACUUCAUCUCAUCCCAAAAGGCGUAUCAGAGGAAAGCAACCUGCAAAGGAUGUGGUGGCAGUAAUUGUGGCCAAGGAUGUAAAGAAAAGACCAAGAGGAAGACCCCAAGGGCUCAACAAAAAGCGCAAACAGGACAAGGUCAAGACUGCUCGAACUGGGAAAUCAGAUUCUGUAAGUAUUUGGAAGAAGGUGCAGCUCUUUAAGGAAUUCGAAGAGUUCAAGAAGGAUCCGGCAAUUCGAUUUCCUGAGAAGCACAUGCUGGCCCAUCGCAGAUCACAGGGACUUUACCAGGGUUGCUUUGCAAAAAGCCAUUGGGGAGGAAAACGGUAUUCGGAAAAGUGGGAUCUAUUUUGUGAGAUUUGCCCCAAACAAGCGAAGAUCUACAGUGAACUUCCCAACCAUGUUCGUGCACUACUUGGCAUUGAAAAGCGAAAGCAUUCCUCAAGUAAGUAUCCAGCCCAAGAUGGUUCUCGCAGAGUUCCAAUACCUCUACUGGUAGCACUGGAGUCAAUGUUAAUGGAGAGGAUUCAUGUCGGUGAAGAAGUGACAUAUGACUUUGCUGCUUCCUUACUCUAUCGAUUGGUGUGCGUUUGGAAUGAUCAGCUUCAAAACCUACUGUCUGAUGUUCGAGCAAAGGGUCAACAGGUGCUCUCGGAGCAGGACCAGCUGAUCGCAGGAGACUGUGAAGAUGAUCAGCAGAAAGACAUGGAUACGUCCAAGGAAAGCUUGCUAUCGCGUUUGCGCACGGCUAGGUCUGAAGUCUUCGUCUGUAAGCAAGCAGACCCGUUGAGUAUGGAAACCUCUCUGCGGAGUGACGUCUUCGCACUACAAAAGCUAGCCGGCUAUGCUGACGGCAAGUUGAUUUUGUGGAGCUGGGCUUCCAGAGGUCUCAUUAGCCUUGAAUGGAUCGCAGACUUGCAAUUCAAAGGUGAUGUUGAAGCUGCCACAGAAGCUUUGUCACAAGUAAAAGGUGAGCUAGCUAAAUUAUGCCAAUUCGAUCAGUUGCCAAUGAUCGAUGGACUCAAUGAGACAGAAACCCCAACACCAGCUAUGCUAGAAGGUGAGGUUUUGCAAUAUUGGGCCAUCUCCGAUCCAUCCAGUGAAUCAGAAGCCAUUCCACUUCCACUUUGGAUGAGGGGUUCAAUUGACAAAGCUGUUUUGAAGUGGCGAACUACGGCAGCCAAGUGGGAAGAACGCAUAGCAAAACGCCAGCUCGAAGGAAAAACCACUCUUCCUCCCAAACAGAAACAAGCAUAUGACGAGUUUAUCGCAACCAAUACCCGUAGCAUCGUGUUAGACAAAGUCAAGCAUGCAGAGGAUGUGCCAGAACCAGCGCAUGAUGAAAUUCAGGACAUGGAUUAUGACGGACAUCACAUGGACGAAGAAGGCGAAGAUGAUGCAGGAACUGAUGACCUCCCAGGUCGUGCUCCACGUGUGCCAGCAGUCGAAAAGCAACCAGAAUAUGCUCGUUUGAGAGAGCUAGGCCUCGCAGUGCGACCGGCUUUGCUGCGCGUGAUGGAACUCAUGCUAGAUUCAUAUGUAAGCGAGAAUUUAGGGAAGCAUGACGUGAAAUUGGUGAAACACCAGCUUAGCAGGACGACCUUCCUAGGCGAAAGCCAGGGCGACCUUUCUAGGUUUCAACUCCUGCGAGAAAUGAGGAAACGGCAGUGGAUGGAUGGUGGUCAGCCAUAUGAUCAGUCGAUGGCCGCCAUUGCGUUGAAGGAGUACGUAUCCAUGGCAAAUGGAGAGACUCCUCUGUGCCUGAAAGGAGUGGCCCUACAGAUUGGCGAAGAUCCUGGACCCACAUGCCCCCUUUGCCACAUUGCCAUGGCCUUGGGAUGUGUGUUAGCGGCGAACUGUCGUCCAUAUCCUGAAGUGACCGAUGCUCUUUUUAGGACGACGCAAGGUCGAGGACAUGGUAUAACCACCAUGGUUGCGAAGUUUAUGCUUGGUGAACUUCAAAAAGAACACUAUCGUGCCCGGCUGGCCGCAGAGACCGCACAGGCCGAGCAGUUGCAGGAUGGAGGCCAAGAGGAACAGCCGCCAGGAGCUUACAAUGGUUUCACAUUGCUUCUCAAAGAUCGACUUCAGUCCAUGGUAUCAUACCCUGGAGAGAGCCGGCAGCAAGCGAUUUCCAGGACCUGGAAUGAAACAUCGCAGCACUGGGCAUCAAGCAGCCACGAAUUUAAGGAGGAGCAGUCUCGUGCAGCCAAGCAGCGCAAUGCCUUGGCCCGGCAAAAGCAUUCUGAAGUUCUGGCAGAGGGAAGAGGUGAUUCCAGCUUGGUGCCUCACCGCCAAACGUUGGAUUUUGACACCUCUGGCUUGGCGGACGACAAGUACGCGAUAGCAGAAUCGAUCCUGGAGGCUGAACGCAAAAGCUGCCCCGGUUGGAUGCAAACAAAGCAUGUGGAAUUCGAGAGGGAGCAUGGACAAUUGAUGCAGCUGGCAGAGGAAGCCGAGUCGGAUGCAGAGGACGAGACACAUGGAGAAUUUUGUCAAUGCCCCAUUGACCUUUGUGCGCGGGAUGCUGAGCGGCUUGAUGACUACCAGACAUGGUUCCAUCAAUGCAGAGAAGUUUUGCGUGUCUGCAGGAACACUCGGAAAGCCAAAGGUUUCGUCCCGGAUCACCCGUUGGUCGUUGUCAUUCCUCCUGAUGUCGAAGGCAUUCAUGAUUUGAAAUGUGGAGAUGAGGUGUACCUCUUUGCAAAAGUUGCGUUUUCGCCAUUUGACGCCACCUUGGUGAAACUCAAAUUGGAGCGUCUGGGCCUGGGUGGCCAUGACUCACCGUCCCCAUGGGUUGCGAGAAUGCACCCCACCAAUGAAGGUCUUCCGGAUAUGAUGUCUUUGGACCUUUUUUUGAAGCAGUGCUGCGAGUCUUUUGAUGGUGAAUCAGACAAGCUGCAGAUUCUUCACUACAGUGGUGGACGCAAGUUUGGGGAAUUAGACAUCCAGUCAAUGGAAGCCAUUGAACAAGCUCUACGAAGAGCUGCUCCUGAAGUUGUGGCCCGUGAUGCAGAUUUGGAGGAAGAGCAGCGAGCUGCCAAGAAAAGAAGUGACUUGCUCAGGAAGGUCUUGGAUGCUGGGACAGACAAGAACCCCAAGCACGCGAAGGCCAAGCCAAAAGCAGGAACCGUGCCAAGACCCAAGGCAGUGAAAAAACCAACAAAGCAAACCCAUUCAAAAAAGUCGCAUCGAGAAGGGCAAGAUCCAGAUGAUUCAGAAGAUCAUCCCGCCGAAGAAGAUGAAGACCCAGAUGAGCCUGGCUUCUCAGGGGCCAUGCACCGUACUAUCGAGAGGGAGUGGGCUGGAGCUCUGGAGGGAGACCUGCCGCAAGCUUCUUCCAGCUCAAGUUCUUCGAGUUCGCAUGGUCCGGGCCAUCCACCUGUUCAAGAUCAACCUGUUCAAGGUCAACCCAUUCAACAACCUGCCGCGGGGUCUACACUGCCGUGGAAAGAUUCUUCAGGGUAUUGCUUUCUGCCCAAGGAUGGGAACGCGAAGGGAACCCACUUGGGUGCCCAACUCAGCACGUUGAAUUCUACUCGAUUACCCUGGCCCUAG